UCUUGCUUCCCUCUAAAGUACCAAUGAUAGUACUUUGACAGCGAGCUAGCUAGCUUGUCUCCACACCACUUCUGACCUCCGCUCCUAAGAUGGCUGGUGUACGAGCCCUUGGUGUUCUCUCCAGGUUAACGCCAAGGAGAUAUCCUCUCUUCACAGGUGGUACUUUUCGCACCUUCUCAGUAGCUCCAGCAAUGCUAGCCCGAACCCACGUGAACUAUGAAGUCAAGGGCGAUGUUGCUGUCAUACGGAUGAACGCCCCAGACUCCAAGGUUAACACACUGUCACUCCAAAUGCAAAAGGAGAUGACUGAGGUCAUGAGUGAAGUGUGGGCCAACAAUGCUGUUCAAAGUGCUGUCCUCAUCUCCUCAAAGCCGGGAUGCUUCAUUGCAGGAGCUGAUAUUAAAAUGAUCGAGGAAGGCAGUAAACGAGGCAAGGCCAUGGUGGAGAAGAGACAGCUCUUCAUGGAAAUGAGAGCCCAAAAUUUUGAUGUAAUCAGACUGUCGACUUACAGGACUGCCUGCAAACUCCGGUUUGUGCAAAAGAGAUGCAACCUUCAUCUGGUGGAUGUCUGGAACAUGAUCGAAGCCUUUCGUGACAACGGGCUCAACACGUUGGACCACAACGCUGAGAUCAACGUGUCACGGCUGGAGACUAUUCUGUCUUCCAUCUACUACCAGCUCAACAAGCGGCUGCCCACCACCCACCAGAUCAACGUGGAGCAGUCCAUCGGACUGCUGCUCAACUUCAUGGUGGCCACCUACGACAGUGAAAGCCAUGGGAAGCUGACAGUUUUCUCAAUGAAAGCCAUGCUGUCAACAAUGUGUGGAGGGAAAAUUGUAGACAAACUACGCUAUAUUUUCUCACAGAUCUCCGACUCAAGUGGAGUCAUGAUGUUUGCAAAGUUUGAUCAGUUUCUCCGGGAGGUGCUCAAACUCCCUACGGCCGUGUUUGAGGGCCCUUCUUUUGGGUACACGGAGCACUCAGUGCGGACGUGCUUCCCUCAGCAGAAGAAGAUUAUGCUGAACACGUUUUUGGAUGUGUUGAUGGCAGAUCCUCCCCCUCAAUGCCUCGUAUGGCUACCGCUCAUGCACCGACUUGCUAAUGUUGAAAAUGUCUUCCAUCCGGUGGAAUGUUCAUAUUGCCGGAGCGAGAGCAUGAUGGGUUUCCGGUAUCGGUGCCAACAGUGCCAUGGCUACCAGCUCUGCCAGAGCUGCUUCUGGCGUGGUCAUGCCAAUGGUCCCCAUAGCAACCAGCACCAAAUGAAGGAGCACUCAUCCUGGAAGUCUCCGGCCAAAAAGCUGAGCCACGCAAUCAGUAAAUCUCUAGGCUGCGUCCCCAUCGGAGAGCCACCUCAUCCUGUGUUCCCCGAGCAGGCUGAGAGACCACAGGAACUCACCCAUACUGUUCAGCCGAAACCAGUGGCCAACAACAUGAACGACACAAUGCUCAUGUCCUCUGGGGCGCCUACUCCUACCAAAAGUGUCUUGGAGAGUCCCAGCCGGCUAGAUGAAGAGCACCGCCUCAUCGCUCGCUACGCUGCACGCCUGGCAGCUGAGGCGGGCAACUCCACACAACAAUGUCCUCCAACAGAUCUGGGUUUCAACUUUGAUGCCAAUAAGCAACAGAGGCAGCUGAUUGCAGAGCUGGAGAACAAAAACAGGGAGAUCCUCCAGGAGAUCCAGCGGCUGCGUUUAGAGCACGAGCAGGCCUCCCAGCCGACCCCAGAAAAAGCCCAGCAGAACCCCACGCUCCUGACUGAACUACGGCUCCUCAGACACAGGAAGGACGAGCUGGAGAGGCGCAUGUCGGCCCUGCAGGAGAGCAGACGGGAGCUGAUGGUGCAGCUGGAGGGACUCAUGAGGCUGCUAAAGGAUGAGGAGCAGAAGCAGGCUUCCCAGUCUGGAAGCUCCCCUCAUUCUUCCCCCAGUCACGGUGCAGGCUGCUCCAUGCCCAUGCCCAUACGCUCCACUUCGGCUGGGUCUACCCCAACUCACACACCGCAGGACUGCCUCGCGGGGGUAGGAGGGGACGUGCUUGAGGCCUUUGCUCAGGGUGUACCUAGAAAUCUUCGGAAUGAUCUAUUAGUUGCUGCUGACUCAAUCACAAACACCAUGUCGUCACUGGUGAAAGAGCUCCACUCAGUUGAUGACGGGGGAGUGGACGAGGAGACCAACAUGAGGAACGGUGGGGACAGAGGCACAUUGAGAGUACAGAAGCACUGAGGACAAGCAACAAAACCAUUCCACCCUGUAAGGACAUACAGUCAUCAACUGGGAAGAAUCAGUAACAACAAACAACAACAACAACAACAACCCCUGGCAUUAGCACGUAGAGUAAUGCAUGCUGUAAUCUAACAGGAUUUCACUAUGUGAAAAAAACUUCACACCUUGCAGGUAGCAAGAUGUGUCUAAUUAGCGAGUGUGUAUGUUGUCCUGUAAACAAAAACUGCUGUAAUUACCCAAUGAUUUCCCUCAUGACUGCUAAGGAAUGGCUUGCUGUGCUUUCUCCCCCAACUGUUCCAUAGCAGCAGAUCAUUCUGUAUAUAAAAUACUGUAAACACAUGACCACGGGAACGCCCCAACAUGAAAGUGACAACAUGUUCCCUUGUUGUUGCUUUUGUAUAAUUACCGCUAGUAUUUUCUUUUUUUGGGUUUGUUUUGUUUUCUUUUCUUUUAUUAUUUUUGCAUGAAGUUGCACUCAUGUCUAGAUUUAGGUACUGUACCAUGCUAUGCCAGCUCUCUGUGGAAUUAUGAUGACAGCUGGGGUGUCAGAAGUGUCUUGCCUCAGAAUUCACGCUGAGUGUGUUUACUUGCACAUCCAUAUUCUGAAGUUGGUUUAAAAAAUUCUGGAUAGUCUCCAGUUUCAGCUAAAAUAAUAGUUUGACAUUUUGGGAAAUACUACUUGCUAAAAGUUAAAUAAGAUCAACACUUUUCUCAUAUUUGUGCAUCAAAUAUGAAACUGGAGCCAGGAGCUGGCUACCUUAGCUUAGCAUUAAGACUGUAAAAAGGGAAGCAGCUAGCCUGGCUUUUUCAUUCCCUUUAUACAGUAUGUAAGGAAUCAUGUUCAAUGUUAAAUCUAAAUGUUAGUAUUUGAUGUGUUGUACCGGAGUUAGCUUUAAGCUAAUUUUUAUGUACACAUUUUCAAUGUUUUUUAUGGAUGGAAAAAUAUAUAAAGUAGUAACCCAACAUCUUAUGAAAUGGGCUUGUUCACCUCUUAGUGAGAGUUAGCUGAUAUCUCUGCGCUAAAUAUGAAGCGUCCACCAGCAGUCAUUUAGCUUAGCUUAGCACAGAGACUGAGAACAGAGCUAGCUUUGCUCUGUCCAGCAUACCAGCACAUCUAGAGCUCACUGAUCAACAUUUUAUAACUUGGUUGUUUAAUAUGGUUGGUAAAUUUAGAAACAACAAGUUGUAGUCUACAGGAUGUUAGAUGCUGGACUAUUUCUUGGCCAAACACAGUCACUUCCUGAAGUCUUGCUCUUAAAAUGAGGAUGAAAGGCAAAACCACAACUUGUCGUUUUUACGCUUUGCCUUAUAAAGAUUUAACAAGGGAGAUGUCGACAGGCUAGCUGUUUCCUCAUUUCCAGCAGACUGCUAGGAACAGCGCCAGAGUUAAAGCCAAUUUGACAUAGUGGCCAAACCAUUUAACUAAAACGUCCGUGUCUGUCACAUGACGCCCUGGGGCCUAAAAGUACUUUUUCCCACAGAUUUCAAUUGUGAAAGAGAUGCCUGAGCAUCACAAACCCUGUAAAAUGACUUAGUCUAGUAUUGUUUUGUAAGUCUAGAAGAGCCACAUGAUUAAAUAAUUUUAUCCUCAUUCAAGUAAGCAGAGGGCUAAACAGGAAGUUAGUUGCUCAGCCGGCAGAAGUCUCUGGUGCGCUUGCUGUAUCGGCCCAACAAUGUGGAAGAUCUAAUAAAAAGACAAACAUUUUUGGCUUUGUGCGCCACUGAGCAACUUUCAUAAGAGUAAAUAAGGCCCCGCCUACAACACAGUGUCCAGUUCUCUUUAUACAUCUAUGGUUUCCAGUGUUUGUGCUAAGCUAAGCUAACCACAUGUUGGCUGUAACCUUAUAUUUACUCACAGACAUGACAUUAGUAUUGAUCUACUUGUCUAACUCCUAGCAUGAUAGCAAAUAAUCUUUUCACAAUAUGUUGAACUAUUCUUUUAAUCAUAAAAAAAGAACAUUAGUUGCAGCUCUCGUCAGGAGUCAGUUGUCCCAUGGUAAUAUUCUUUCUAAGAACGUAAGCAGGACUAUAUCUUAUUACAGUAUACAGAGGCACAUAAACAACUUGUCCUCUUUCAGGUCGUAAAAAGAAAUAAUAGCUUGUAUCCAGAAUACAGCGUGCAUGUAAACACACUCGCUGAGUCACAUACUGCUGCUACUGCGCUCUCAGUGAGCCACCCUUGCAAAUAAGAGGGCUGUGCAAAUAAUAGAAACUGAGGAGGCCACUACAAACACAAUGAACCGAGUCUUGUUGUUCCCUCCCCAUUAAAACUUAACUGAACACACCUGACUAGCUGGCAGCCUCAGUAUUUACAGUGUAGGGAAGCACCUCAGGAUGUUUAAAUAGUAACGAAUUAGGCAGAGUUUAGUUACUAAAUGACCACUCUACAGUAUGUGAGGAUGUAAGGUCGUAGUAAGCAAGUAGGAAAUGCUUUGAUAGCUUUAUUUACUUAAUAAAGGAAUACUGAAAAUGUUUAUGUGCAAUGAAGGUAGGUGCUCAGGGACUGCAGAGCUACUCCAGUUACAAAAUAGUCGUAAUGUCCUUUAACCUCUAGACGUCACUGGCCACAGACUGACAGGUUAAAGGUCAAUGAUGAUUAAAAAUGGAGGGUUUCAUUCCAAACUUGCUUGUGAUCCCUGUCGAAGAUUUAGUUGAAAGUAGUUAAAGGUAUACCACGCAGGAAUUGUCGAUUACUGUUUGUAAACACAACAUUAAAACUCCUUCCUACAACCACAACUUCUUUCCUAACCUUAACCAUGAGAACUCUUUCUGGAAGAAAACCCUCGAGGAACAUUUCUCCUAACUGCGGGUUUUGUGUAGUGCAGAGUGGUUAAGGCUAAUGUUAGCUAACCAGGCAAGACCAGAUGGUGGUUGGUGGGGGGCACUGUGUCUGCAUGUUAACAUGGCCAGCCAGCUAUUUUUCAGCAAAGCCGACAGAAAUUAAAGGCAAGGCUCUACUGCUCCAAAAAUGAAACGGGUAGUUAGCGAUUAAUGGGUGUCUGGCUAUAGAAAGUAAAAUUAACCAAAACAGACAUCCCUAAAGGGAUUAUUUUAGACUAAGUCUUUUUUUUUUCUUUAAGCAAAUCCUGUAUAGUAUACCUUUAAUUUUACUCUCACCAGUCUCAUUUUGGAAUGAAACUCUUUAGAUAUAUAUAGGAAAACAACAGUAAGUGAUUAAAUGCCGGAUCAAGAAAGUAGAUAAUUAGAAGGAGAGAAGUGCUAUUUGGUGAAGCAUGUUGUUGGAUAUAGUUUGUCUGUGUGUAAAUUUGUGUCUUUCAUGGCAAAGCAAAGUGAUCUGUUUGUUACUAAGGUAGCUGUCAACCAGUGAGGAUGUUCAUUUUGAUCAGGUCCAAGUUACCUUUACAUUUUUUGUUUUCUGGUUCAAUGUUUUUGUCCUUCAGGGUAGCCAAAAAUUCUCAAAAAAGAGCAAUGUUUGGUUUUUAGAAAAUGCAAUGUAAUAAAGGUCUGGGAGCAGUUUUAUUGGAAUAACAUUUAUGGGUAAAAAUCUGAGUGAAUCAAAUUAAAAAGCAUGAGGUUUUUGUUGUGAGAUCUGUACAGUAAGCCUAUCCUAUAAGCUAAAGUAUAAGGUUUCAACAGCCUGUUACACUGUGUCAGGAGAAACAACAAAAAGAGGCUUCUCUGUUGUUGACAUUUUAAAUGUGAUGUUUUUAUUCAGUUCUCUGUUCUGCUCUAUGUUAUCAUUAUUGUUUAGUAUUAGUGGAGUAUAGUCAAUGUAAUGAGUUUGUCAAAAUUGAGAUUCACGUGCACCCUCACGCUUGCAUAGUCGCCCAAGUAUAAAUUUAUACGAAGAAAGUAGAAAAAUUGAAGCACAGUAAUUUAAAUUCUGUGACCAAUGCUGUCAAAAAGCUCAGCAGAAAAGGUCCAGAAAUUAUUAAAAAGCAGAGAUAAAAUUUUAAAGAAUUACUGUCAUCCCCUUCAUUCUGUCUACGCAUUUGAAUUUAAAAGUUAUUUUCUGUCAUUUUUUUCAGUUUGUGCCUGUAGCUGUUCUGUAAAGUGCUGUAUAAAGUAACCAUUCAGCAAAUACGAUGAUCUAUCAGCCUUUAUGUCUGUGACUUUGUAGAGAUUUUAUUUAUUUAUUUAAUGUGUUCUGGGGGAAACUCAUGCUCAGCCUUUACAUUUGUGCCAAACUGUUUGCAGACAUUGUGUGUCAUACAAAUUACAGGUAUAUAUCAAAGUAUAUCUGCAUUAGUAUGUUGUUGUUGCCCAUAGUUUAUUCACAGAAUGCCUGGAGAUGUUCACAGUUAAUGGUUUCCACUGCUGGAAAUUAACAUUUAAUAGUUAACAAAGACACAACACAUUCCAAAUCUACUGAUAGACUCCCUGAUGUCAUUAUAGCCAAUGUGGAGGCAAUACCAUAUACCCCGUCAGACCAACUGUGGGUAAUACCAAUAAAACACGGCCGGUCAUACAGAAGUGCAUACAUUGUGAUCCUUUUUUUGUUUGCAGAGAGACAAUGUGCAAAGAGGACGCUCCCCUGUUGUUAUUUAUCUAUGUCUGUGUUCUGUACGGUUAUGCUUCUGGUACACAUUUGUUUCUCAUGUUGAUUUUACAAAACAUAGUUUUAUGUCACAAAGUCACUGUCUUUUGUAAAUAAAUCAAAUGUGAGAUAUAUUAAAAAAGAUUUAAAA